AUGAUCAUCUUCUGUUCAGCACCAAGGGGUCACCAAGGGACAACCAAGGGGUUACCAAGGGACCACCAAGGGGUCACCAAGGGACCACCAAGGGGUCACCAAGGGGUCACCAAGGGACCACCAAGGGACCACCAAGGGGUCACCAAGGGACCACCAAGGGACCACCAAGGGGUCACCAAGGGACCACCAAGGGGUUACCAAGGGGUCACCAAGGGACCACCAAGGGGUCACCAAGGGACCACCAAGGGGUCACCAAGGGGUCAACAAGGGGUCACCAAGGGACCACCAAGGGACCACCAAGGGGUCACCAAGGGGUCACCAAGGGGCCACCAAGGGGUCACCAAGGUACCACCAAGGGGUCACCAAGGGACCACCAAGGGACCACCAAGGGGGUCACAAAGGGACCACCAAGGGACCACCAAGGGGUCACCAAGGGACCACCAAGGGGUCACCAAGGGACCACCAAGGGGUCACCAAGGGACCACCAAGGGUUCACCAAGGGACCACCAAGGGACCACCAAGGGGUCACUAAGGGGUCACCAAGGGACGACCAAGGGGCCACCCAAGGGGUCACCAAGGGGUCACCAAGGGACCACCAAGUGGUCACCAAGGGGUCACCAAGGGGUAACCAAGGGACCACCAAGGGACCACCAAGGGGUCACCGAGGGGUCACCAAGGGACGACCAAGGGACGACCAAGGGACCACCAAGGGGUCACCAAGGGGUCACCAAGGGACCACCAAGGUGUCACCAAGGGACCACCAAGGGGUCACCAAGUGGUAACCAAGGGAACACCAAGGGACCACCAAGGGGUCACCAAGGGACCACCAAGGGGUCACCAAGGGGUAACCAAGGGACCACCAAGGGACCACCAAGGGACCACCAAGGGGUCACCGAGGGGUCACCAAGGGACGACCAAGGGGUCACCAAGGGGUCACCAAGGGACCACCAAGGGGUCACCAAGGGGUCACCAAGGGGUCACCAAGGGACCACCAAGGGGUCACCAAGGGGUCACCAAGGGACAACCAAGGGACCACCAAGGGGUCACCAAGGGGUCACCAAGGGACAACCAAGGGACCACCAAGGGGUCACCAAGGGACCACCAAGAGGUCACCAAGGGGUGACAUUAGAUGUCUAA